GGAGCGAGGGAGAGAGAGAGAAAGUGAAAUAGAGAGAGGGAGUAAGAGAGCGAGAGGGAGGGAGAAACAGCAAUAAGGAGAGGGAGUGAGAGAGAGCGAGGGAGAGGAGCAGCUGCACUCUCACACAGCAGCACAGUCAGUCCCGGAGUGUGACCACAGACGGGAGGCAUAGCGGAGCGUGCCGUGCAGGAGGACACGGGACCAGUGCAGUAGCUGCCAUGUUUCCAAACGGAGUAUAGACUACAGGCGCACGGGGUCAAAGCAACGGUCAGACGGAGGAAUAAAAUGCAAGAUCUCGCAACGCGGAACUUCAGCACAAAUUCCACGCAGAGACGACGUCCGCAGUAGCUCAUUUACGAAGAAACUCUCGAAGAUCCGACCGGAUACCAUGGUGAUUAAUCACUUUCUGGUGCUCCUGCUCCUCUCCUUCUCCCACCUGAUUUCCACUGUGCCUCUGUCGAGUGGGAGUAACAGAAAUGUGUUCAACAAGUUUGCCUCACCAACGGAGAAAGAGGGGAAGGUGUUGCAACGCACCAAGAGAGGCUGGAUGUGGAAUCAUUUCUUUCUCCUGGAGGAGUAUGCAGGCUCAGACUUCCAAUAUGUCGGCAAGCUUCACUCAGACCAGGACCGAGGCGAUGGCACGGUGAAGUACGUCCUAUACGGGGAUGGGGCCGGCUCCCUGUUCCUGAUCGACGAGAACUCGGGGGACAUCCACGCCACCAAGAGGCUGGACCGCGAGGAGAAGGCCUUCUACACGCUCCGUGCCCAGGCCGUGAGCAAGCGCACAGGCCGGCCACUCGAACCCGAGUCCGAGUUCAUCAUCAAGAUCCACGACAUCAACGACAAUGAACCCAAGUUCUCCAAGGAGACGUACUUGGCCAGCGUCCCCGAGAUGUCCGAUGUCGGUACGUUCGUGGUGCAGGUUACCGCCAUGGAUGCUGACGAUGAGCAAUAUGGAAACAGCGCAAAGCUUGUUUACAGCAUCCUCCAGGGACAGCCGUACUUCUCCAUCGAGUCAGAAACAGGCAUCAUCCGGACGGCUCUAUCCAACAUGAACCGGGAGAACAGGGAGAAGUACCAAGUGGUGAUCCAGGCCAAGGACAUGGCGGGUCAGAUGGGGGGUCUCUCAGGAACCACCACCAUAAACAUCACCCUCUCGGACGUCAACGACAGCCCGCCGCGAUUCCCGCAUAGUUCUUACCAUCUGUCCGUUUUGGAAUCGGUGGAGAUCGGGUCAACGGUGGGACGGAUAAAAGCCAACGAUGCGGACAUUGGGGAGAACGCGGAAAUCCACUACAGCAUCAUGGAUGGUGAUGGGCAGGACAUGUUCACCAUCGUCACUGACCGAAUAACUCAGGAAGGCAUCAUCACUGUUAAGAAGUCACUGGACUAUGAAAGCAAGAGGAUAUACACCUUGAAAGUGGAGGCCAGCAACACCCAUCUGGACCACCGGUUCCUGCACCUGGGUCCAUUCAAGGACACGGCAACGGUGAAGGUGACGACGCAGGACGUGGACGAGCCGCCGGUGUUCAGCAGGAACCCCUACAUCAUCGAGGUGCAUGAGGAUACGGCGGCAGGGAGCCUCAUCGGGGGCGUGACUGCCUGGGACCCAGACUCGGCCAAUCACCCGGUCAAGUACUCCAUCGACCGGCACACUGAUCUGGACCGGCUGUUUAAUAUCGAAUCUAGCAAUGGGACUAUCACAACGUUACAGGCCCUGGACAGAGAAAUGUCAAAAUGGCACAACAUUUCAGUCGUGGCCACGGAAAUAAAUAAUCCCCGUCAGACCACUCGAGUUCCCGUCUUCAUUAAGGUCCUGGACGUCAACGACAAUGCUCCGGAGUUCGCGAUGUUUUACGAAACCUUUGUGUGUGAAAACGUCAAAGCGGGUCAGCUGAUACAGACAAUAAGCGCUGUGGACACGGAUGAACCUCUCGUUGGGCACAAGUUCGCCUUCAGCCUGAGUUCCACCAAUCCCAACUUCACGAUUUUUGACAACGAAGAUAACACAGCCCGGAUCCUUACCAGACGGGGUGGAUUCAGUCGGAGAGAGACUAGCGUCUACCUGCUGCCGGUCAUCAUCUCGGACAACGAUUACCCUAUCCAGAGCAGCACGAGCACUCUAACCAUUGGCGUGUGUGCAUGUGACAGCCGGGGAAAUAUGCAGUCAUGCAGCACGGAGGCGCUGCUGCGCUCAGCCGGGCUCAGCACGGGAGCCCUGGUGGCCAUCUUGCUCUGUGUCAUCAUCCUCCUCAGUUCAGGUCUGGAGGACUCCCACUUCGAAGCUUCCCACGUCCCUCUCCAGAGUUCUGAAUGACGCAAAAUGGAAUCCUGCCUGGCAGUAAUUCUCCAUGGAGGAAUAUCUCAAGUUAUACAUUUCCUAAAAAGCAAUUAUGACGCAUUCCCCAUUUAGGAUCAUCUCAAGUAAUGAAUUUGCCGGAAAGUAAAAGCAAUCGUGACUCUAUUUUCCGUUUAGGAACAAUUCAAGUUACGAAUUAGCAAAGAAAGAAAAAAGAAGAGCGAUGACUCAGUGUAGCCUUUGCAGUAAUGCUGCACGGCGGCAGGGUAUUGGGACAGACGUCACACCACACCACCCCAGCCCACCAGAGUACAGUCUCUUGAAGGCAAAUUCAAAGGGGAAUGCCAAGCUCAGCAAUGACUGAUUACAGGAGCGGGCUUUUUGUGGCAGGUGGUCUGAAGUCAGAGGAUGGGGUGCUUACCUACAUGACCCCUCCCCCCACCAAGGCGAUCCCGCUGGCUGGCAGAUUCCUCAGACCUAACAUUUCACAGCCUGUUUGCACAUCGUUGGAUCUGCCGUGCUCAGGGGCCCCAGCUUAAUGCUGAUUGGCCACCAGAGUUUCCCAUUCCCCGUCACUCCCUGAUUCGAAACAUUUCAUUGGCUAAUGAUAAGGUCGGCCUCACUGCAUGAAUUACGGCCAUCUGUUACACGGUGGUAGUCGACUCCUGGUGGUGGGCUGCGGCAUUUGUGUAGGGUAUUUCACGCACCAUGAGCACACAGAAGCGUGAGCCAACCCCUUUCCUCCUCUUCAUUUCACACACUGGUGCCUGGCUAUACCUGCGACCCAUAUCUAUACUGACAUCUUCAGCCCACCGCUGCUGCUGCCCUGCCUGUGGAUAGCUUAUUGACAGCCCCCCUCCAGCCCCUUGUAAAGACCCCCCCCCUCCCCCAUCAACAGGAGAUUCAUAGCAACGGCCCGUUCUCCUCGAGUGAUCCGAUCUGUGUUAUCGCUGGUGUGUACGUGCGCCGGCAUAUGCGGCAGUUAACAGUGUCCACCACUCCUGUGAAAAUAUUGCCAGGGCUGCUCAUCAGUCUGUGGCGGCCCUGCCUGCCCCAGGCACCCCUGAAGAAUCGUCCAAUUCCGUCGUAUCCAGCAGCGACAAAAGGCAGCCGGGGCGUAACCACGGCAGCCUUGCCUCCUGCCUCCGGUUAGAAAGGCCGACACACUGAUUUCUAAGGAAGGCUCCCCGGCUCGCUCGACCUUGUAAUUAACACCUGAGUGGACAGCCGUGGAUCCUUCUAGAAGCCAUGGACAGGGGAAAACAAGCAUUCAGAAAUAUGGGAGGGGAGCAUCUGUGGUCUGUCACAAAACAAUACAAUGCUAUAAAAGAGGGAAAGUAAAUAGAAAGCUGCUUUAUCACAAGUGCAAGGUUUGAAUGGCUUGAAUGCCUGUCUGAAUUGAAACACUGUUUCAGUGCGGACGUGCUGUGAUAAAAAUAUGGAGCAAGCCUCUCGGCUUAUACUGUACUUUAAAAUUCAUGAGCUGAGCCAGCUGGCUGGGAAAUGAAUUUAUCAGUAAUAGCAGAUUAGUCUUUCCUCCAUGAAUCCGCAAUGCUCCUAAACGUAGUGCCGUGUGUUUUUGAAAUAUGGGCUCCAGCAUCUUUUCCCCAGCGUGACGUGUCAAUAAAGACUCUGUUGUGCGCUUUGAUGCAUUUCAUCUCCAGACCUCUAGGGGGCGCUGUGGGCGCUUUAGGACAAAGCAAGCCCCUAA